AAGAUGAUCCCCCCCGCGGACUCGCUGCUCCGCUACGAGACGCCGGUGCUAGUGAGCCGCAACACCGAGAAACGGUCGCCCAAGGCCCGGCCGCUGAAGGCGACCCCGCAGGUGCAGCCGCCGCCGGCGCCCGUCUCGCCGCCCAAGGGCAAGGUGCCGUCGCCCUCCGCCGACCCCAGCAAGUCCGCCGAGGAGAUCCUCAACGCCAUCCUCCCGCCCAGAGAAUGGAUGGAGGAGAACCAGCUGUGGAUCCAGCAGGUGUCGAGCACGCCCAGUACCCGCAUGGACGUCGUGCAUCUCCAGGAGCAGCUGGACCUCAAGCUACAACAGCGCCAGGCCCGCGAGACAGGCAUCUGCCCCGUUCGGCGGGAACUGUACUCGCAGUGCUUUGAUGAACUGAUCCGGGAAGUGACUAUCAAUUGUGCAGAGCGAGGGCUGCUGCUGUUACGUGUGCGGGAUGAGAUUCGAAUGACUAUAGCAGCUUACCAGACCCUUUACGAGAGUAGUGUUGCCUUUGGCAUGAGGAAGGCACUGCAGGCUGAGCAGGGAAAGUCUGACAUGGAAAGGAAAAUUGCAGAGUUGGGGGAUGAGAAACGAGACUUGGAGAGACAAGUGAAUGAGCAGAAGGCUAAAUGUGAGGCGAUUGAAAAGCGGGAACUUGAAAGGCGACAAGUAGAGGAGAAGAAGCACACUGAGGAGGUGCAGUUCCUGAAGCGGACCAACCAGCAGCUCAAGGCACAGCUGGAAGGAAUCAUUGCACCAAAGAAGUAGCGCAUCCUACAGCCUAACGCAGAAGAAUAGAUCAGUUCCCAAAUUGCUUCCUCUAAUUUGGAUCAACUAAGAUUCAAGCACUUCCAUACUUCUAAUAAUUUCUUAACUGGUUUGGGCUUUGACUUAUUAGUUCAUACUCACUGGGAGAUUUUUUAAUGCAUUAGUACUUUUGACUGUUAAUACUGUUGUCAAUACAGCAAGGCAACAGGCUGUGCCACAUUAAAUGACAUCACAAUUCUGA